CCGUUUCUCUCAUACUCGCUAGCCCUUCUGCAAAUUCUCUUUCUCCUCCCUCCAGGAUUUGUUGAACCUUGACCAUGGCUUCUAUUCUAGCAAAGAUACAAAAGCAAAGAGAAAAGUACAGUCUCAAAGAGCUGAAAACCCUAGGCAAUCAACUUCUCUCGUCAAGAGCUCACAUCAACAACCUCCCUCUCCUCCUUUCCUUCGUUUCACUUUCAUCCUCUCCUCGACAUGCUCUAGAAUCUAUUAUCUCGCUGCAAUCCUUUUUCAUUCCCGUUCUUCCUGAGCUCCCAUCAUCAUCAUCUCCGAAGUCUCUUUUGAAUGUUGGCGAAGAAGAGAAGGACCCCGAAUUGGUCUAUAGAAUAUGGCUUCGGUCGAAGUUCGAUGAGUUUGUUAAGUCACUAAUCACUGUUGCUGUUUCUCAAGAGUCUGAUGAAGCUCUCAGGGAAGUUGCGUUGGAUGCGGUAAUGGAGUUUGUGAAAUUGGGUAAAGGUGGGAGGUUUCAGUCUGCUAUAUACCACAGGCUUCUACAUACUAUUGUUCACUCAACAUCAUCAAUGGAUUUCUUAUUAGACUUGAUUGUGUCAAAGUUCGUCAAGUACAUAGAUGUUUGUUAUUUCACAUACAUUAGUGUGGAAAAGAUUGCGAAGAGUUUGGAAGUGACAAACAUUUGUGAUAAUGGAAAUGUGGUUAUACAAGAGGAUGGCAAGUUCAUUUCUCGAGAAAGCAAUAUAGAGAUUUCUAUUCACAAGAUACAUUAUCUUCUAGCACACAUUUCUCCUCUACACAAGCAGGAUGGAGACCACGACCGUGAGACAUGGAGUGAAUCAGGAUUUUCAUCCAAAGACAAUGAGCUUAAAGGGGCUUUGCAAGUUAAGGACAGGCAAACUAAAUCAAACAAACUGAAAAAGGAUGUCUCAUCUCUAUCCAACAUUGCCAAAAGGAUGAAGUUGAAGUUCACUAAAGCAUGGCUAUCUUUCUUGAGGUUACCGCUCCCUCUUGAUGUGUACAAGGAGGUUCUCAUUUCGCUUCAUCAGGCAGUCAUUCCUCAUAUGUCAAAUCCUGUUAUGUUAUGCGACUUCUUAACAAGAUCAUAUGACAUUGGGGGUGUUAUAAGUGUCAUGGCUCUUAGCAGCCUGUUCAUUCUAAUGACACAAUAUGGUCUUGAAUAUCCAAACUUUUACGAAAAGCUCUAUGCACUAUUAGUACCUUCUACUUUUAUGGCAAAGCAUCGAGCUAAAUUUUUCCAGCUUUUGGAUUCUUGCCUUAAAUCUCCACUUCUACCGGCAUAUUUGGCUGCUGCAUUUGCUAAAAAAUUGAGCAGGCUUUCACUUUCAGUUCCCCCUUCAGGAACUUUGGUUAUUAUAGCCCUAAUUCACAACCUUCUGCGGAGGCAUCCUUCAAUUAACUUUUUGGUUCACUGGCAAACAGAUGAUGAUACCAAUAGAGAUCCCUCAAGAGAAGGAACUGAAUUUGGUGAGAAUGCAAAGGAAUCUGGUGUACCAGAGGUUCCCAGCAGAAAACCAGGCAUUGACCUUUUUAACAGUGAGGAGAGUGAUCCUGCUAAGUGUAAUGCUAUGAGGAGUUCUCUUUGGGAAAUAGAUACUCUCCGCCACCAUUACUGCCCUCCUGUUUCAAGAUUUGUUGCGUCACUUGAGAACGACUUGACUGUUAGAGCCAAAACCACUGAAGUUGCAGUAAAGGAUUUCAGUUCUGGUUCAUAUGCCACUAUAUUUAAAGCAGAGAUUGGGCGGAGGAUGAAACAGGUCCCUCUUGCAUUCUACAAAUCAACUCCGACGUCUCUUUUCUCUGAGUCUGAUUUUGUGGGUUGGACUUUCAAUGCCAAAGAGAAUGAAAGAAAGGGAACCGAGCAUGAUGAUGAAAAUGGUGCAGUGGACAUAUCAAAGGAAGACGAUCUAAAACCCACAAAAAGACAGCGGAUAGAUUGCUGCUGAGCUGAAAGAUUGUCUGCAGUUAUGUUCUACAUUGGUUAUUUUCCUUGUCUACAGUAAUUCUAUAUACCCAAUCAAUUUUGUAGUCCUAAGUCAUCAUUUAUUGAUCUGUUGUAAUUUUUGCAAUUUUUUUUC